GCGUGCGGCUGGGGGCAGAGCGGCAUCCGGUGCGGCGGCGGUCGGUCGGUCGGUGGGCGCGGAGCGGCCAUGACGGCGCACAGCUUUGCGCUGCCGCUUGUUCUCUUCUCCGCCUUCUGGGGCCUCGUGGGCAUCGCCGCCCCCUGGUUCGUGCCCAAGGGGCCGAACCGCGGGGUGAUCAUCACGAUGCUGGUCACCACCGCCGUGUGCUGCUACCUAUUCUGGCUCAUCGCGAUCCUGGCCCAGGCCAACCCCCUGUUCGGGCCGCAGCUGAAGAACGAGACCAUCUGGUACGUGCGCUUCCUCUGGGAGUGAGCAGUCCCCAGGAGCCGGUGCCUGAACAGAGACCCCCCUACCCGAAUCAUCACUCUCUUGCUGCUGUUUCAGCCUCCUGUACCAGGCACCCCCCUCCAGAGGUCCUGGGACAGAAGCUGGACAGAAGCUGGACCCAGUGCCCCAGCGCGCCCUGAGCACUGCAACCUGGACCAGGCCCUGAGCACAGGAGGCAGCACUCUGGGAUGAGGGUCUAGUCAGCCCAGCCCUGGGAGCAGCCACACUGCCAGGGAGAGAUCCCCUCAGCUGGCCCAGUGCUGCAGUCACUAAGACUGAGCACUGUCCUGAGAGGGAUCUGUGUGUAGUGCCAGCAGAUCCUGUCCCUGCGGUAUUCGCCCUGCUCCCUCCCGUGCACUCAGCCCUAGCCCCCCAGUGGAAACCCCUGCUCUUAGCCCAAACUACCCAACUAGUUGCCAUAUCCCUGCUCAUUUCAGGCACCGGCUGCCCCUCUGCAUGAGCAGGGAAGAGCCCAUUGCAUCCUCUGUUGCCUGGUCAGUCCCUUGUGGUGGGGGGUGGUCCUUGCUUCAAUUCUGGGUGGGAGAAGGGAAGGCUGAUCCUGGAAGAGCAUGUCAGUCCCCUUGGGUGUGAUGAGGGAGGUGCUGGGUGCAAGGCGGGGGGUUCCCUUGCUUGGCAGCCUGCUGCAGGGGAUUAAAGGGGUGCUGUGUCCCCUCCCAUCUCAGCAGUGAGGGAGCUGCAGUAGCAUCUAGGUGUCAUCACCACCCCAACCUGUGUCCAGGCUCUGAGAAGAACCAAGUAGGGCAGUGUGCUUUAGGUUACUCUUUAUUUAUGAGGUAAUUUAUCUGUAUUUAUUUGUCUGUAUUUGUUAAAUUUGUGUUGUGGAAAUAAAUCUUUUUCCUAGUAAGUGAUGCUGGAGGCAGUCACUUGCUGUGUUGAGACUGA